AUGUCAUUUGAGCCAGUUCGAGCCAUUCGAGCUACUCUGACAUGCAUUCAUUGCGUAUCAAAGAAAUCAAAGUGUGAUCGACUCCGUCCUUCUUGUUCUGCCUGCAGAAAGUCCGGAUUGUUGUGUUCUUACAGGCCUCGCAAGUCCAAUCUGUCUGCUACGCAUGGCAUGUCAUCUUCAGCUGUCACCGCAUCGUCUUAUCUGCCUUCAUCAGCUCAAACUUUACAGGACAGACUCGAACGAUUAGAAGCAAUUGUAGGUCAGCAUCAGCAAACCAACUCUCUAUCUUGUAACGAUCCUGUUGAUCCUCAGUCUUUCCUCGCUCCUAUAGCAACGAUCAGUAAUCCUCCGUUGGCUAGAGAAGAACUGAAAGCUUACUUUAUCGACUCUCUUCGUCCAAACAUCUGUCUUAUGACUGCUGAACAGAUCACCCAUUGUUGUGCAGAGAGUCCUUUGGUUACCUUUGCUGUUUGUGCACUUGCUGCUCUGUUUGCUCCUGCUUCCUUAUUGCCUGCUUCCAAGUGUCAUGAGUUGUUUGUUGCUUAUUACAAGGCUGCAAAAACUGGUAUUGCCAGCAUGUUUGAACAGCCAGAAGUAUCUUCCAUCUUUGGAUUAUUGCUAAUCACCAUGGUGUCCAGUGCUGAUCGAGGACCAAGAGUCACUUAUUACUACGGAAGUGUUGUUCAAAUGGCCAUGCGUUUGGGUUUAAACAACGAAUCUGCCAUCUCAAAAGCUCAAAAUGAUUUCUAUAAAUCUCUCAUGCGUAAUGUUUGGUGGUCCAUCUACAUGUUUGAUCGUUGGUUGCUAACAACCGAAGUUGGCAUCGAAGCUGUACGAGAUUCUGAUUGCAAACUCUCUUUACCCGUUUCAAAAUAUAAUCUCAAUCAGCUUUCAUCUGCUGCUGCAUUGGAACGUGCUCAAUUGGAAAUCUCUUUAAUGACUUCUGAUUUACCCUUUGUUCCUUCUCUUCCACAUCUCGGUAUAGAAGGAAGUCAGAUCAUGCUGGCCAAGAUCAGUGGUCGUAUUGUAUUGGCAAAUCGAGACGCGGCCAACAUUAAAAUGACCAUCAAUCCUGCCAUUCAACUAUCACUUGAACGCUCACUCGAUGACUUUGCUGCUUUUUUACCCGAUAUUGCAAAACAGCCAGAAUUGCUGUUUAAACCUUUGGAAUAUCAAGACAAGGAUCCAUUGACACUCGAAUGGCUGCAGAAUAAAUGGCGAGCUGUAUUCAUUUCCACAUCUUUGUUUGCUGCUCGUGUCACACUCUAUCGCUACACUUUACUGGAUAGGCUCGAAACUCAAACACCUGAAUAUAUCUACACUACAAAAGACUUUACCGAAUCAUUCAAGGCAGUCACCCGUGCACUGGAACUCAUUUCACUUCUUCAGCAAAAUGGUGCCGAGUUUGGAUCGCUUUUUGUUCUUUUGCUUGCAAAUCUAUUCAACAUUGCGCUGGUAUUACCCGUUUGUGUCAUGAUGCCUUUAACUACAAACCAAAAAUUCAUUGUAGAUUCUGCACUAAAAGCAUUCUGUACUACAAUGGAUAUUUUAAGCGCGAGACUCUCUCCUACACCGAGUUAUUCAGAAGUCGUUCGAACCAUUUGUGCAUCGGGAAACAAAACAUAUGUCAUUGAAGCCAUUAAACUGGCUGCCAAGGAUAUGGAUUUACCACAAUUACCUGAUACUCAGGAUCAAUCAGAUGCUGGAACCGAUACUGCAUCCGGAACUGUGAGUCCUAUUGGAAUUAUAAUGGCUGAAUCUCCUGCAGCUUACGUUACAACUGGCGAUAUGCUAUCUGAUGUUUCUGCUCACAUUCAGCAUGCUCAACAUGUUCAAUCAUCAACUUUACUCUCACAGCAUCCAGCAUUUUCUCCCCCUUUAGACUUGUCACUGCAGCCCAUAAAUUCAAUACCCCAUUCUCGGCAAUUAUUCCUACAGCAGAUUCAAUUUCAACAGCAAUUACUGCAGGCUUCACAUCAUCCUCUUAUUAUUCCUGGCUCUAAUCUCACACCUAUGCCACACACUCUGUUUCCUGCACCUGUUUUGGAUCCAUUACUGAUCACUACGCCUACCAUACCAUUAACAACUCCUGUGAAUACCGUCAUAGGUAAUACGUCAAGUUCAAUCCAUCAUUCUGCUGGCACGACACUCUCAAAUACUACUGAUUCUACUCAUGUUGAAAAAACUGAACCGCAUACGGAUCCAUUAUUUCAUGAAAUACAUGAAUGGGAAUACUCUUGUUUUUCAAACUGA